GGAGCAACUCUAAUUUGUGUUUUUUAAAAAGGAUGGUUUUGCGCAAUCUGAUGAACUUCCUCUUUCCAGUUGGUUUAAAAAGUAGCAGCUACGCUUGGCACCAAGGUGUAGUACGUUAUGUGAGGCCAGUUUUCGUUUCCUACAAAUUUUUUACUACGGCAUCGCCUGUGUUAAAGUGUUCUGUAGAAAGUAUCCAUCCCUCCGAAGCUCAUCACAAGAAACUGAGGGAGUCUUGGAAACAUCUAGAUGUUAGGACAAAGGAAGAAUUCACUGCUGGACACGCAAAGGACAGUAUUUGUGUUCCCAUUAUGGUCAAAGGGAAGGAAGGAAAACUAGAAGAAAAUCUCUCAUUUUUACAAGAUGUUUGCAAGUUUUUCAAGAAAGAUGACAAAAUUUUAGUUUCUUGUUUGAAAGGACCCAGAGCUAUGAAAGCUAUAGAGAAGUUACGUGAGGCUGGGUUCUCACAAGUGCUGAACGUGGCAGGUGGCUUUGAGAAGUGGCAGGAAAGUGCACUUCCUAUUGAAAAAUAGUUAUAUAUGCCAUAAACAACAAUAGCAAUAUUUUCAGAGUUAUAUUUUCUAUUAUCCACUCUUCCUUCGUCAUAGUUGCAGAUACAAUAUACUCAGUCGAAUGUUGACCUAUUUCGACACAAUACUUACUACCCAUACGGGAAUUUUGAUCUCAU